UCAGGAAACUGAAAUUUAGUAGGCAAGAUUCCUAAACUUCCAUUCAUUAUUUUGGUAACUCCUGGAAUGACAACCUUAUGCCAGGUUGGCCUUUGGAGACAUUGGAAUGAGGAAAAAUAAACCUUUGUCUUUAUGCACUUGAUUCUAGAAGAGAAGCCCAGUAAACAGAAAUCGGGUACUUGUGGGGUUGGAGCAGGGGUCUGAGUCUGUUUUUCAGGGAAGUCCUGAGGGAGAAGAGAUUGGGUCUAUUUUUACAUAUGUAAAAUAAGGGUAAUUAUAUCUAUUGUAUAUCACCAGCACCCAAGACUAGAAAAAAGAAUUUAAGUUGAGGCUCAUGGUUCCAGAAGAUUAGUUCAUGACCUGCAUGGCAGCUGGCAGGAAUGGCACUGGAACAGAGCUGAGAACUUAAAUCUGAUCCACAGGCAUGAGAUAAGACAUCCAAGUGGGAAUGGUAUGGGUUUUAGAAAAUUCCAAUCCCACCCCUGGGGCAUUUGACAAGGCCCCACCUCCUGAUCCUUCCAAACAGUUCUACCAACUUAGAACCAAGCACUCAAAUAUAUGAGUGUAUGGGAUCUAUUCUCAUUCAAGCCACCACAGAAAGUAAGUGGCUUCUAGGCAAGAAACAUGAAGGAGGCCAUGCCAUUGGAGCAUAAAACAAAAUGGCAGUUAGGAACCCAAAGUCCUUCAGGCAAGCUAAGGAGUAGAUUCUAAAUGUGAUGGGGGAAUACCUGUGAUGAAUGUUGCAGCUCAUGCACACAUAUCCAGGAAGGUCAAACCCAGCCUGGGCUACAGUAUGAGAUGAAACCUUGCCUCAACUACUUUCUAUAUUCCCUCAAAAAGAAAAAAGAGUGACAGUAAUUCACCCUAAAGAUCAUUCUGGUUCUUUUGACUGUAGGAUUUCCAAGGUGGUGAAGCACAGAGAGCUAGCUGGACUGGAUCUGUGACUCACUGAAGGGUAGAGCCAAUCAGACAGUACAAUGUGCUAAAGACCAUAAUGAUAAUAAUGAUACCAUAAGUGCAUAUCUUGACAUAAUGGGAAUACAUAGCUAGGUUCUUUUACCUAGCUAUGGAGAGAACUGCUGAAGGCUAUAGCAAAGUGAGCCAGGUCAACUAAGCAACUAAAGAGAAGAGGGCUGGAGAGAUGGCUCAGCGGUUAAGAGCACUGACUGCUCUUCCGAAGGUCCUGAGUCCAAAUCCCAGCAACCACAUGGUGGCUCACAACCAUCUGUAAUGAGAUCAGACUCCCUCUUCUGGAGUGUCUGAAGACAGCUACAGUGUACUUACAUAUAAUAAAUAAAUAAAUCUUUAAAAAAAAAGAGAGAGAGAGAGAGAGAGAAGAGCCAUAUAAACUAACAGAAAGACAAUGUGGGCAAGGCAAGGAUUGAUAACCUCUAGGUGCUGGUCAUGGCUGCUACUGGCCACCUCCAAUGGGUUCAGCCUGGCUCAGUCAUUUCCUUCAAUCUUCAGCAAGCCCCUAAGAUUAGUACAAUUACUAUCCCUUUUUCCAGAUGAGAAAAUAGACCUGGAGAUACUGGGGAUACAGGUUUAGGUUACUCCAAAUCUCGUUUCAAUGUGGAAGCCAUUUCAUAACAUUUUUAUAGUUUUACAGAACAGAGGAAGUCAUAAAUCAAAGCAAACUUUAAAAUACUCUGGUGGGUACAUCAGAGAGGCAGGGGUACAUCAUCACUAUGGAGGAAGCUUUCCCAUAGGGUCAAAAUGUUAUUUGUUGCAAGAUGCUAUUUGAUGGCAUCCUUACUUAACUUUUGAAUUGGUAGAAGCUAGUUGCCUGUCAAAUCAUUCAAUAGAUUCCAAAAGGUUUUAUCUAUUGUCAUGAGAAGUUAGUUCUGACACAGGUAGAUAAGGAAUGGCUGCUCUAGAGUGCCAGAACUUAUCCAAGGUAAUUCGCCUCUAGGUCACAACUUUCCAGUCUCUCCUCAGUACUGAAAUUCUAAUCAAAUCAGUUUCUGCAUUCCUUUCAGUUUUCAUCACAGACCCAAAGCCAGAAAGAAACGGAUUAAAAUCUAACCAGUCUGGCUGAGGGUUUGGUACACUCUACCCAGAUCCAACUUCUCCAUAGUUGCUUCAAUAAUAUACACUUUUGGAACUCUCAAUACUUUUUAAUAAAUGGCAUGAUAUUUUUGUUUUUCACUGCACCACGAAAAUUAUGUAGCUGGCUCUGGCUUGACCCAACUCGUGUACACUUGACGUUGUAUACAACGGGCUUCGGGGGUAAUGUGCGCCUGGUAAGAAGCAGAAGCGCAGACGUGAUGGUAGAGGGUCUCUUGCAUCACUUACACUGUCUUCUUCGCCGUAAGUGCAGACUGGAACUGGAAUGAAUGCCUCUGUACCCGGAACCUUCCGAUUCUUCUAAAAUGAGGAAGGAAGAAGAAGGACUUGGCCUAUAGCAGGGGAGCGUUAGGGUUCGGGGGGCGGGACGCGCCAGUAGGCUCCUCCCCUUGCGUUGCAGAGCCGACUAGGCCCGCCUCACCCCCGGGGUCCUUUGCGGGAAGAGGAGGAGGCGCUUGCUGGCGUUGCCUAGGGCGUAGUGGCGCCGCUAUCCAAAUGGAACCCAACCUGCAGUUCUGGAUUUCCGAACGCCAAUCCUUUUUUCGAAGAUUUUGUCAAUGGAUGGAUUUAUUAGAUCCUGUAAAUGUGUUUAUUUCAAUUGGAAGGAUAGAAAAAUCACGACAGCUGUUGUUUACCACUAAAGAUGCACCCAAACACUACCUGGAUAACCAAGGGAUUAAAGACGCAUGGAAUAAGAGUCUUUCAGCUGUGCACCCUGACAAUAGCAAAUUGAUCCCUCAUCUUUUUCGACCUGCAGCUUUCCUGCCUGUGACAGCACCCAUGGUAGUUAUGUUGAUGAUGCCAGACACUGGAAUAAAGUCCAUCAUUUUAACUCAGGGUUUCUUGUAUGGAUAUACCACAGCCUUUAACAUCACCAAUGGAAAUGCCAGUUAUAGUUAUGGACCAGUAGAGAGAACACUGCUGGGAGCAGGGGUGUUUGUGUCUUCAACUUUCUUUGGAUUAAUUCCUCAUCUCUUUCAAAUGAAGUAUCCCCUGAAUAACUUUUGGCUUAAAAGAACCUUGCCAAUCGUCUUUCUUGCCCAAGUCAGUGGAAUGAAUGUUUUUGCAUCCCGAAGUUUUGAAAGCCAUCGAGGAAUUGAGGUGAUGGAUAAGGAAGGCCAUGUCGUAGGCUAUUCCAGAAAAGCUGGGAGAAAGGCUAUUAAAGAAACUGCGAAAUCCAGAGCACUGCUGUUUGGGACCUCAGCCUUGGCCCCUGAACUCUUUAUCCACAUCUUUAAAAGGACGCGGUUUUACCCACAAACUCUGCUGUCAUUAGUGAUCCUGCGAAUGAGUUCUACAUUCUUUAUGAUGGGACUGAUGGUGCCAGUGUCAUUCAGCAUGUUUCCACAAAUUGGACAGAUCCAGUGUAGUCAGCUUGAAGAGAAGAUUCAAUCUUCUACAGAAGAAAAGGAACUCUUCUAUUACAGAGGGGUAUAGGAGCAAGUUUAUCUCCUGUUUGGAAACCUUUGUCCCCUCAAGAUUUAUUCAGAGAGCACUGCCAUGAUCCUCAGGGUUCCCAGUAACACUUACGCAGCAAGCUGGCUUCAGUGCCUACUGUACCUGGGCUCUGAGUCUGACUGAAAGAAGAGCAGCACCCAGGGGACCGCUGAAAGAAUUGUGAAUGAAGAGUCAGCCCAGGGAAGGAUAAUGUGAACCUGUGAAUAAACCCGUCUGAGUAAUUGAAAAAAAUCAUCGAAAGGUAUACCUUAUCUGGGAUACAAACGCUAUAUUGAUAGCCUCCAGACAGAUACAAAGCUCUGGUGAGCUCAUUAAGGCUUCUAGUCCCUAAGUAAUCCUGUUUCCCUGCUUAGUUCACCUGAUCCCAUACUGCAAGCAUUCUGUCUGCCUCCCUGGUUUGUUUGAAAGGACCCUGAUACUUCUAUUUCUAGAAUAACCAAGGCUCCUAGCCAGCAACAGCUUCCUGCUCAAUAUAAGCCCAGGUCUAUAUACAGUCAACUCUCUUAGGAAUCCUCAUCUCCCUUCCUCUGGACCUUACUCUAUAGUCACUGGGCAUCUCUGGCUUAUUUCCCUCUGUAGGCUACUCCCAGUUGCAUUGAAACAGCCUUAUAUAAAUAAAUAAAUAAAUAAAUAAAUAAAUAAAUAAAUAAAUAAAUAAAUAAAUAAAAUAAAAAAAAAUUAAAAAAAAAAAAAAAAAACAAGCCCGGUGGUGGUGGCGCACGCCUGUAAUCCCAGCACUCUGAGAGGCAGAGGCAGGCGGAUUUGUGAGUUCGAGGCCAGCCGGGUCUACAGAGUGAGUUCCAGGACAGCCAGGGCUAUACAUCAGGGCUUCAGGUGCUGCUUCAGCUCAGUGCAACAGCACCCCCUGCUGGCAUAGUCUUGUGGCUUUUUGGCUUGCCCUGGCUACUCUCUGAAACCUCCCACUUAUGUUUGGAGAUCAAGUUUCUGAUCGUUAACACCCUAAUAAACCUCUAUCUUACUUA